AUCCACAUCAGUGGUUCCUCUAUACACCAGUGGCGAAACUGCACCUUUGCUGUGACCUUUCUCGCAGCCUACGGAGAGACGGAAGGAAUCGGCGGGGGAAUCGGCGGCGGAAACGGCGGGGGUUGCGGCCGGAAAAUAUGUUAGAAAACCCAUCCGAUCUCUCAUCCAACCCUCUGUCUGCUCCAAUCAAGCGAUAUGCACCUCCCAAUCAGAGGAGUCGAGGUCUCAGCAGGCGCAAAUCUGGAGAUCGAUCUGAAAGAACAAGCAAUCUCCACUUGGUUGACGGGGACAAGAACUUGGGCACUGGUUUGGGUAUAGAUCAUUCUGAUACAGGGAGCAGCAAAUCUGUGUAUGAGAGCUUCCGUCCACGAUUGACAGCCCUAAAUGGUUGUUGUAGAAGUGAAGCUUCUCAGCUUUUGCAUGAACGUUGGAAUGGAGCCGUACAUUGUUAUAGUGAUCCUACAGUAGAUCUGUCCGAAAGACCAGUGAUGUACACAGGAAGUGCUGCAUCAGCUUGGGGAAACUUUAGACUCCCCCAUCAGCUAAUGUCUGCCCCACAAAUGGAUUUCUUGGCAGAACUUCGACAGGCUAUCAAUAAUAGUAAUGCAAGCUCGAUGAAUUAAAUGGCGAUUGAGAUGCUACCAUCUACUUUUUAGUAUCUGAUGUUCUUGUUGUUUUACCCGACUUGAUAGUUAUUGUCUGAUAAAUGCUAUAAUAUAUAUGUAUAUUGAUGGUCUUAUACAAUUUUGCGUAGUGUUGCUGACGAUACGUUAUAUAAUCUUCUCGCUAAACCUAACAGUGUGAUCGUUUAGCAUUUUGGGAUGUAUUGAUGGAAAUUGAGGCGUGUAGGUUUAAUUUGAUUGCUGUUUUCUUUUUAACUA